UGGAGCUUCCAAAAUCAUAUCUUUUCUAAAAUAAAUUAUAUUCACUAUAUGUGAAAUGAAAAACAUUUGGUCGUAAAUUUCUAUUGUCGUCUUCCAUGAUUGACAAUUAGCAUCGCCAUUUGUAUACAAUCAUCCUCACGACUGUUCUAGCUUUCUCUGACAAAAACUUAACAAUCAUCCUCUCCAUUCUUGCACGCAAUUUCCUCUUUUUCUCUUCCAUUUGUAUACAAUCUUACAGAAACUUCACUUGCAUUCAAAGUUAGCUUCCAUUAAUGGCUUAUUCUCUCUCUACCACAACACCAACUCCUUCAACCUUCACUAAACCCUUCCCUCCUCUCCCCUUUCUUUCUUUACAAAAUCGGAAAACCCAUUACAAUUCCUCCAAGAGACUCUCAAAUCUUCCAUUACUUCGAGUCACUGCUCCUUCUAGAACAAUUACUGGCUCUCCUGAAGAAGAACAAGAACUACCCACUUUCUCAAACGAUGGAGUUUCCCCUGAUACAGAAGAAAAAGAGGAAUCUUCAAAAUUCACUUGGCGAGAUCAUUGGUACCCAGUCUCUCUAAUCGAAGACCUCGAUGCGCGUGUCCCAACCCCUUUCCAGCUUCUUGGUCGUGACAUUGUUUUGUGGUUUAGCAAAUCCAGUAAUCAAUGGGUUGCUUUGGAUGAUAAGUGCCCACAUCGUCUUGCACCUCUUUCUGAAGGGAGGCUAGAUGAGAAUGGAGAUUUGCAGUGUUCAUAUCAUGGUUGGUCUUUUAAUGGGUGUGGAUCAUGUACUCGGAUUCCCCAGGCCCGAUCAGAGGGUCCAGAAGCUCGUGCUGUAAAGUCUCCUAGAGCUUGCGCCACAAGGUUCCCAACUAUGGUGUCUCAAGGCUUGCUUUUUGUUUGGCCUGAUGAGAAUGGGUGGGAAAGAGCUAAUACUACUCAACCUCCAAGAUUGCCAGAUGACUUUGAUAUGCCUGAGUUUGCCACAGUAUCUAUCCAGCGUGAUCUGUACUAUGGUUAUGACACUUUGAUGGAGAAUGUCUCUGAUCCCUCACACAUUGACUUUGCUCAUCACAAGGUUACUGGAAGGAGGGACAGGGCCAAGCCUUUGCCAUUCAAGGUUGAAUCCAGUGGUCAUUGGGGCUUUGCUGGAGCUAAUGAUGAUAACCCAAGAAUAAGUGCUGAAUUUGUUGCACCUUGUUACUAUAUGAAUAAGAUAGAGAUUGACACAAAACUUCCCAUAGUUGGUGAUCAAAAGUGGACAAUAUGGAUUUGUUCCUUUAACAUACCAAUGGUGCCUGGCAAGACACGUUCAAUUGUUUGUAGUGCUCGUAACUUUUUCCAGUUGACAGUGCCAGGCCCUUCUUGGUGGCAGGUGGUACCUAGAUGGCAUGAACAUUGGACAUCAAACAAAGUGUACGAUGGUGAUAUGAUUGUGCUUCAGGGUCAAGAAAAAUUCUUCCAUUCUAAAUCAACAGAGGGUUCUGAAGAUAUUAAUAAGCAGUAUACAAAAAUUACAUUUACACCAACACAGGCAGAUCGUUUUGUUCUAGCAUUUCGUAACUGGCUCAGACGGCAUGGCAAUGGCCAACCUGAAUGGUUUGGUUCGGUGAGCCAACAGCCUUUACCAUCAACGGUUUUGUCCAAACGUGAGAUGCUGGAUAGAUUUGAGCAGCACACUCUGAAAUGCUCGUCGUGUAAAGGAGCUUAUGAAGGUUUCCAGUUAUGGCUAAAAAUAACGAUAGGCACAACCGUCAUUUUUGCAGCAACAGCAGGUAUCCCUGCAUCCUUGCAGUUACGUAUAAUUUUAGGUGGGCUUGCCAUUGUUAGUGCUGCCGUGAGUUAUGCUUUGUAUGAGCUGCAGAAAAACUUUGUGUUUGUUGAUUAUGUACAUGCUGAUAUUGAUUAGUACUAUGUUGCUCUCUCAAAGGAAGAGUGGUGGACACAGCUGUAGAUAAAAUCUUUGGGAAACUAUUUUUGACAUUGUCUAGUAGUUUAUGUCAAUGUUGGUAUUGUCAAAUAUGUAAGGACUUUUGGAUUGCAAUAGAAUACUUGUUAGUUAAUCUCUUCGUUGCCAUUUGAUAUUUCCAUAUAGAAUAUUCCAUUUUAUAACAGAGAAGUUUGUACA